ACCGUUCCACUGAGGGUCACUUCCGGCUGACUCGGAAGCUAUUCUGGCCAUUUGCCCUCCUUUCCCACUUCGUCCGCUCUCAUUGGCUCUCCUGGCAAAUAGGUUGGAGAGCCUAAAUUCUGAAUUUCCACCUGACAGCUGCCCUGGCCAACCCUCUAAUAGACUGGGAUCCAGCCAUACUUCAAUGGAUCCCAGGGGUAUCUUGAAGGCAUUUCCCAAGCGGAAGAAAAAUCAUGCCGAUGCAUCAUCAAAAGUACUUGCAAAGAUUCCCAGGAGGGAAGAGGGAGAAGCAGCAGAAGAGUGGCUGAGCUCCCUUCGGGCCCAUGUCGUACGCCCUGGCAUUGGACGAGCCCGGGCAGAACUCUUUGAGAAGCAGAUUGUCCAGCAUGGUGGCCAGCUAUGCCCUGCCCAGGCCCCAGGUGUCACUCACAUUGUGGUGGAUGAUGGCAUGGACUACGAGCGGGCCCUCCGCCUUCUCGGAUUACCCCAGCUGCCCGAGGAUGCUCAGCUGGUGAAGUCAGCCUGGCUGAGCUUGUGCCUUCAGGAGAGGAGGCUCGUGGAUGUAGCUGGAUUCAGCAUCUUCAUCCCUAGUAGGUACUUGGACCAGCCACAGCCAAGCAAGACAGAGCAGGAUUCUUCUAUUCCUUCUGGCACCCAUGAGGCCCUGCUUCAGACAGCGCUUUUUCCUCCUUCUUCUCCCACCAGACCUGUGUCUUCUCCCCAAAAGACAAAAGAGGCACCAAACACCCAAGCCCAGCCCAUCUCUGACGAUGAAACCAGUGAUGGGGAAGAAACCCAGGUUAGCACAGCUGAUCUGGAAGCCCUCAUCAGUGGCCACUACCCCACCUCCAUUGAGGGAGACUGUGAGCCUCGCCUAGCCCCUGAGGUCCUGGAUAAGUGGGUCUGUGCACAGCCCUCAAGCCAGAAGGUGACCAACCACAACCUCCAUAUCACAGAGAAGCUGGAAGUUCUGGCCAAAGCCUACAGUGUCCAGGGGGACAAGUGGAGGGCCUUGGGCUAUGCCAAGGCCAUCAAUGCCCUCAAGAGCUUCCACAAGCCUGUCACCUCGUACCAGGAGGCCUGCAGUAUCCCUGGAAUUGGGAAGCGGAUGGCUGAGAAAAUCGUAGAGAUCCUGGAGAGUGGGCAUCUGCGGAAGCUGGACCAUAUCAGUGAGAGCGUGCCUGUCUUGGAGCUCUUCUCCAAUAUCUGGGGAGCUGGAAGCAAGACUGCCCAGAUGUGGUACCAACAGGGCUUCCGAAGUCUGGAAGAAAUCCGCAGCCAGGCCUCCCUGACGACCCAGCAGGCCAUUGGCCUGAAGCAUUACAAUGACUUCCUGGAACGCAUGCCCAGAGAGGAGGCUACAGAGAUCGAGCAGACAGUCCAGAAAGCAGCCCAGGCCUUUAACCCCAGGCUACUCUGUGUGGCAUGUGGCUCAUACCGACGGGGAAAGGUGACCUGUGGUGAUGUUGAUGUGCUCAUCACUCACCCAGAUGGCCGGUCCCACCAGGGUAUCUUCAGUCGCCUCCUUGACAGCCUUCGGCAGCAAGGGUUCCUCACAGACGACUUGGUGAGCCAAGAGGAGAAUGGUCAGCAACAGAAGUACUUGGGGGUGUGCCGGCUCCCCGGGCCAGGGCGGCGGCACCGGCGCCUGGACAUCAUUGUGGUACCCUACAGUGAGUUUGCCUGUGCCCUGCUGUACUUCACCGGCUCUGCACACUUCAACCGCUCCAUGCGGGCCCUGGCCAAAACCAAGGGCAUGAGUCUGUCAGAACAUGCCCUCAGCACUGCUGUGGUCCGGAACCCCCAAGGCUGCAAGGUAGGGCCUGGCCGAGUGCUGCCUACUCCCACUGAGAAGGAUGUCUUCAGGCUCUUAGGCCUCCCCUACCGAGAACCUGCCGAGCGGGACUGGUGACCCCUCGCUGGGGGUGCUGAGGAGAGCCGGGUUGGACUGGCUGCCCCUCCUGGCCACCAGUACUCCCUCCAGCCUCACCUGGCCGAACCUCGCUGCUCCAAACACCAGCUUCCUCAGGGAGCUGGGCCCAGGGCUCUGGGCCUGAAGGCGAGAGCCAGCCUGGCUCCCAGGGUCUGCCUCGCCCUCUCCCAGGCAGGAGCUAGCUGCUGUCCCUUGUACCUCUCCACUGCCCUCAAAGAAUUUUGCAAGUGGCCCCUUGUCCCAUUUUAAGCUGGAGCUGGUGGCUGGUUUGAAGCCCCAGGUAUCCCCCUUCCCUGCUAUGGAAAGGCCGAGCUGCUGGGUGGGGCCAGAAGCUGCAGGGGAGGGAAGUGGCCUUGCUGUCGGCACUAUCCAGGACCCUCUACAGUAGGACAGCUAUUCCACACGUGUUCCCUCUACUCACCCCGCUUUCUGGGCAGUGCAGCUGGUGGUACUGGAAAGGGGGUGCCCCAGGCUCAGUGGGGACAGUGUUGGAAGGCCCAGAGGCCCAGUAAAGUGCAUUUAACAUUGAA